GAGCUCAUUAAAGCGAGAGAGUAUAGCGCGAGAGGAGCACGAGCUGGAAGAAUCACGUUGAAUUGGAAUUACGAGAUGCACAAGAUGGAGAAUCUUGCAGGAUUGUGGAACACUGGAGGCUUCAGCCUUGAGAAUCAAACAAAGAAAGUCAACGAAUCUUCAACAUUCACUGACUCUGAGUUUCGUUACACUCUCUUCCCUGUUUUCUAUGGCCUGGUCUUUGUCUUUGGGUUGGCAGCCAACUGCUAUGCUCUUUUUGUACUGCACCAUAUGCGUGAUUCCAAAGCCAUGAAUGAGAUCCGUAUCUACAUGACCAACCUGACGGUUGCAGACCUGCUCUUUGUGUCUGCUCUGCCAUUCUGGAUCGGCUACUAUGUGCAUAAAGGUAACUGGAUGUAUUCAGAUGCUGUCUGCCGUAUCACAGGAUCAUUUUUCUUCAUCAACACAUACUGCUCUAUCCUUUUUCUCACUGUCAUCAGUGUUAACCGUUAUUGGGCUGUUACUAGACCAUUGAUGGCCGCUUCCUCUGACUGCUGGAAACGUGGAGCAAUCAUCUCGGCCAUUAUCUGGGUUGUCACUCUUGCAGCAGCAAUUAAAUACCUCACUGAACCUGGAGUCCAGGAGGACACAGAGAAGGGAAUUGUACGCUGUUUUGAGGGUUAUCACGUAAAGAGUUAUGCUACUAAAUAUUCAGUGGCCACUACCCACUUCAUUAUCAUUGUCCUGUUUUUUGUUGUUUUCUUAAUGGUCAUUAUCUGCAAUAUCUUGAUUGCGCAAGCUCUUAUGGCCCAACCAAUCAGUCAGCCUCGAGCCAGCACGGGAAAGCGCCCUGGCGGUACCAAGCGCAGAGCCUUGAAGAUGCUGUGUGCCGUUGUAGGUGUAUUUGUGAUCUGUUUCCUGCCCCACCAUGUGGUGCAGGGUCCCUGGGUACUUUCGGUGUUAGGCCUGAAGGAAUCCUGGAGCAAGGAGACUCACCAACUCCUAAAUGAUGCUCACCAGAUCACCCUGAUGCUUAUGGGCUUCAACUGCAUCCUGGACCCAGUGGUGUAUUGCUUUGCCACAACAAAGUUCCACAAGUACAUCCAGGGUCACAUUAAAAAUGUCAAGAAUAACAAAAGCUGCUCACGUAAUAUAGUAAGCAUGUCUAUGUCUCUGAAGAGCAGACAUAAGAGCGAAGUAUGAACAGUGCCAAAGAGCAGAAAGAAUAGGUCAGGAAUAUUUGAGAUCCACUCCCUUGGUGUCUGAAUAUUUAAUAAAUUCUAAUCUUAUUUAGGAUUUUAGCAGGUUUGAUUUCACAACAUUCUCUCAGUAGAUUCUGUUCAGAUUCCUAAUCAAAUUUUGUCUACUGAAAAUAGAUGCCUAUCUUGCAAGUGCUGCCUCUAGCAGGCAGAGCCAGAGCAACACCUUCAACCAACAGACCAUUUCACGCAUAUAUUAUAUUUUUUAUAUCCUAAGUGAUAUAGUCAAAAGACAAUAAUCAGAGUUAUUGAUAACAGCUUAGAUCUCUUAACUUCCUACAGUUGUACUGAAUAGAGGUGGAAUUUACCCCAGUAUCUAAAUGGGUCAAACAUACCUACUAAACUAUUCUUGGUGAUGAGACUGUUUCAAGAAGAAUGAAAACAUGGGAUCAUGCCAGGAGAUACACUGCUUUAGAAUGAGGAAAAAAACAAGUGAAUAAGGAGCUGCCUUACUUGCAAAGUAGCUCUGUAAGGAGUGUUCUUUUGAAAUUCCUUUUGAAGGUUUUUUUUUUUAAUACUUUUUUGUCACACUGGAAGUCUUCAUUUUCUUUUGCAAUAAUUUUUCAUAAAAGGGGAACUGGAACCCCACACAUUGCCUGUUAUUGUGCAUGCAGAAUGGGCAGAUUUUAGACCACUAAAUGAAUACAAUAAUUAAAUGCAAUUAUUACAAUCAAUUAAAUUAAUUAUACAAUUAAAUGAUUGUGUGACUCAAUAUUGUUUCUCAAUAGAAGUUGCCAUUCCAAUUUUUAAAUAUAAAAGUGUUAACUUAUACAAAUUUAACAGUUCAUUGUUGUUGUCAAUUUUUCUGUUGCCUUUUUAUUGUGUGCUGAUUAUAUGUAUUGAACAAAAUGAAAUAUACUCUUUAUUCUUUGUUAACUUAUACAAAUGAUGCAUAAAUUAUUUUUUUGUUAUUUUGUUUCUGUUGCCUUUUUAUUGUGUUCUGGUGUUA